CGUAGACUGACGUGCAAUAAGCACCAACUAUGUUGCAAUUAUACAUACUUGCAUGUAUUACUGGAUUGCAGAGUAUACAAGGGGAGAAGUACACACUAUGCCCAAACGGAUGGCUGGCAAACGAGGGGUCUUGCUACUGGUUUGGACAUAUUGAUAACCCAAUGGCUUAUACUACGGCUGAGGAAUACUGCCGUCACCAUAACAGUCAUCUUGUGCAUGUGAACGACUCUGCAGAGAAUGACUUUCUGAAGGAUCGAAUGAGAGAAUUAAGAGGUCGAUUACGUCUACCGAGGCCAGCACCAUGGAUGUUGUAA